AGCUGAUGAGAUGGCACAGAGUGCUGAGGUCCAGCCAAGCUUUGAAGACAUUUUUAAUAUUCUCUCCCAGAUCCCAGGAGAUAAACUCCUUAACCUCAAACAUAAACUGAAGCACUUGAUAUCUAAGCCCAGCAGCAAAUUAUUGCAAGCCAUGGUCCUGCUUACUUUGGGGCAAGAAGCAGAUGCAAGAAUUUGUCUGGAUACUUUGAGGAACGACCAGGCAGCCCUAUAUAUCCACAGGACCAGACUGGGCACUGCGAGAGUACAGGAAGACGGUGAGGAUUUGCAGCCCCCCCAGCUGGAUGCAGAUGCCAUAGCGCUUCUGGCACAGAUCUACUCGCUGCUGGUAGACGAAAAAGUGUGCAGUCGGGAAGCUAUGGUCAGAGCCUACCAGACUGCCAUCAAGGCCUGUGACACUAGCGGGAACCCUCAGCGGGAACCACUGAAGAGCAUCCUGGCUGAGGCUCAGGAAAAAUGUGGUGCUGCUAUCAGCUUUAUGGGUUCAGGUGGCAGGUUCCAGAUGAUGAGAUCGGACCCGGGAUUUUUCCAGACUGCCAGCCCAAACCGUGUGGCACGAAGUUCCCCAGUGCAGAUCGGAAAUGUGUCGGACCUUUCAGGCCCACGGACCUUGCGCUCCUCGGGGAGCCCAGCUUCUUUCAUCAGUCACUUUGAGAUCAGUGAAUCGCCAACAGCCGUUUUUCACACCCAGCCUCCUCACUGUAACCAUGUCCCCCAGCUGAGCCAGCUGUGUGCAGAGCCUAUGAGCUGUGCUGGAGAGCCUGCCAGGGAGAGCGAGAGCCACGGCCUGCAGGAAACAAGCUGGGCCAACAGCACCAAUUCACAUCCCAUGCAGGGCACAACCGCCCAUGUCCCCAGACCAAAGAUGGAGGUUCUGCAGACCAGUUCUUGUCAUCCAUUUCUCCCUAUUCCUGAAAUUCAGCUUCCUACACCGAGUGCUGUGAACCAACCUGUCGAAAGUAGUGAUGUUUCCAGCACAGUGACAGCAGAACCUCAGGCACCAAAAGAAGGCACAGCCCAAAAGCAAGAGGACUUACCUACAGGUCUUCCUGAUUCAAGAGCCACAGCGCACACUGGUCCCAUCCACACGUCUGCAGAGGAUAUUCCAGCAGCCUACCCUCCUCCUGUCCAAAAUGCAGAAGCAGCAUCCACAUCAGAGCCAGAUGAAGAGAGAAAGUUCUUCACUUUUGUUGUCCUGCAUGCUAGUGAAGAUGUGGACAUUGCCUGUCGGGUCAAGGAGCUGCUGGAAAGCAUGGGGGUUCCCAAUGGUGCCACAUUCUGCGAGGACUUCCUCACUGCUGGACGUGGCCAGCUGUUUUGCUUCCAAGAUGCUAUGGAAAACUCUGCUUUCACCAUCCUUUUGCUGACCAAGAACUUCCUGUGCCAGCUGUGCAUGUUUCAAACAAACUCAGCUCUGAUGGAGUCCAUCCUGCGACCAUCCAAGCACAACUCAGUCAUCCCUUUUGUUCCCAGAGAGAACCCCUUGGAGAGGAGGGAGAUUCCCGCCCUACUGAGCGGGCUGGUGUCCUUGGAUGAGAACUCCUCUGUGUUCUCCAAGACAGUAAAGAACACCUUUACACCCAGCAAGAUCAGUGAGCUGAAAGCCAUGUGGAAACAGAUACAGCAAAUCCAGGAGCAUAAAAGGAAACUGCAGCUGUAUCAGGAUCACUGUCAAACACUGAAGAACUUAGCUGAUCUGAACCUCGGCUCCGUUCCCCAGAUGCCUUUGUCAGCACCACAGCCAAAUCUGGGAAGCUUACAGCAGCUUUUGGAGCAGCUCAUGCCUCACCAGUCACCCCAACAGUGCCAUUUUCCUAUGCCUGUCCCUCCUGCCACAUACCCACCUCCCUCCGCUGAUCACGCCAUACCUGCUCAGCUGGGUCCCUCUCCUUCCCAAACAUUUUAUCUCCCAUCAGGCCACCCCAAUAUGAUGCAAGGUCCAGGAGCUGCCCAGAACCUCAUCAUUCAGCAUGCUCGAAUGGUACAGAUUGGGAACCACAACAUGAUGCAUGUGCAAACUGCCCCAUCAGGUCAAGAGGACAGUGAAGAAGAAACCAGGGAGAAGGCUUGAUCAAAGAUGCAGAAGUUCAACCAGGGACAGAGACAUUCACACUUAAUUCCUAAGCUAGAUAGCAACAAAUCUGCUGGGACUGGGACUGUUCUUAUUAUUUCACUGUGAAUAAAACAAGGUACCACUUUCUUGGAGCAGAGGAGAAAAUGACCUCUUUUCUGUUGGACAAGAGAGGUUGCAGUCUCCUGAGACUGUUUUCCUUGUGCUUAUUUUCAAGUAACUGCAAAAACUAUUUUCUUGACUCUUGAGGGCUACUUGAAGAUUUUAUGAAUACAUUUUAAUUAAUUCAUCUGUGUUUCUCCAGUUCUUUCUUGUAGAAAUGGGAAAGGGACAGUCAGGAAUAUCUGGGAAACUGUUCUGAAUGUGUGUAUCUCGGGGCAGGCAGCAGAGCCCAGGGGAUGGUGCUGGGACACAGCACAUCUAGAUCCUGUUUCAGAAUCUGCUGUCGAGUUGUGUGAACCUGGCCAAGUCAUUUGAGGGAAAAAUUUCCAGGGAGUGCUUGGGGGGGGGUCACUGUGGCCUCCUGUCGAGGUGCUGAGCACCAUGAGGUCCCCUUGUUUUCUUCUGGUAGUCCUCUUCUCUCAGGGUGGCACGGUGCCCUCUUGGCACUUAAAACCAAUGCCUGCUUUGAGUGAAUAGAGCGUUCUCUUUGCUGCGGCCUGCCAGCAAAGCCAUUUCCCCCAACCUCUCAAAUCAGACCCAAAGAGAGUCAUGAAAGUGGCUUCAAAAACUUCUGUGGGGCGGCAGGCCUGUGGGUUGAGGUGUCGGGAGAUCACUUUUCCCAGUUUCCUCUGAAACCACAGAGAGAGAUGCUUUUUGUUUGUGAAAGAUUAAAUUCCCGCAUGAUCCUAGAGCCACAGCUUUAAGGAAAGUAUUUCUGUAUUUAGGAAAACUCUGUGAAACUCACAAGGACUGACACUGCACAACAGACACAAGGUUAAACAAAAAUCUUUAGAGUAAAGCUGCACUUGAGGAAAAAGUGCCUUGAUGAAAGUGGAAUUGGAAGGGGAAAUAUGGGCAGAGAGUCCAAGGAGGCAGAGGCUGAGGAUUCACUUCUCCAUUCCUACCUGUUUAAAGGCCAGAGGUGAGAGCAGGGCCCUGGUACGCUAACCGUUAUACAGAGAAAUCCUUCCCACUGAGAUUUCUCCAUUUAUUGAUUUAUGUUAUUGCCUUUGAAGGAAAUGUUUGGCUCAAAGAACAAGAGCAUUGGGCAGAGGAUAACAGAAAGAAGGGAGAAAGCUCAUGAACGCAGGGGGACAUUCUGCAGGACCUGGGCCACGGCUACACGAGCCAAGUUUCUACUGUGCUUUUAACACAGGAGCAUUUCACCAGCAGGGCGUCCGAUUCCUCGCUCUCCCUCUGACUUGCCUUCUGCUGCGGCCCUUUGCCUGCUCUGUCGGUAGAGGUCAGCCCAAUGCCACCAGAUGUCUAGAAAUGGGACUGUUCCCUCUGCAGACCAGAGCCCAAGCAACAGCAGCAAAUUCUAGAGUCACCUAAGACGCUGAUCUAGGGUGUGCCUGCAAGCUGCAGGGCAACGCUAUUCCUGUCCCUGCAAAGGAGCCAGACAACUGCCGAGUCCUCAUUAAGGUGAGACUAGAGGGCCAGUGUAAUUGAUUCAGGGGAAGUGACUCAGUUUCCUGUAUUUCUCCAGAUGUUUGUACGCGCAUGUCACUCUCAAUAAUUGUUCCAGAACAUUUCAAAUCAAGAGAAGCCAGCAUGGUCUGGCAGCCAAAGCAAAGGACUCCUACAGGCUGCCCCGGGACUCUGGACUACACAAGCAGGGCACUCACAGGGUGUAAUUCUGGAUUCUAGCCUUUGUCCAAACCAUCCAAGCUUUAUAACAAGCUACUGCAUAAGAAAGAUAUUAAUAAUUCUUGGAGAAAAGACAGUUCAGCCCACAUCAAUCCCCUCCCAGGGAGCACUUUGAUCAUUAGGCUAAAGACUAUCUAUCUUCACUCUUCCUUUCUGGCUCAAUUUAUCUUAAACUCUCUCUCUGCACAAAGCACUCCCCCCUCAGACAGGUACUAACCUACUAAAUUAACUACUGAGAUAUGAAUCCCCCAACACUGAGGGACAGUAGAAUGGGAGUCAGCUCCUUAAAGGACAGCUCCUUAAAGGACAGCAGGUAAUGGUAUAAAGGAGGGCAAUCACCGCCACCGCGUUCAAAGCUGCAACUGCUGCCUUUUUAUUUUCAAGCAAGCUAAGCCCAUCAUCAGGAGGCACUGAGGAUGUCUGCUGGACUGAGCACCCUGGGGGGGAAGUGGAUGAAAGUGAAACUGGAGAGCCUGACUAAAUAUCAGUGCAAGUUCUGGAGCUUCUGGGCACAACCAGAUGCAGGAACUCAGAGAGCUGAACUGCCCAUACUCUUAAAUGGCAACAGAGCAGUGGCUUUCAGGAUCAGAGUUUUGGAUUUAAAUCUCCCAGAAGUUCCUCUUUAGAGGCCAUAGGUCCUUUCUCAUGGAUCUGCCCAGAGAAGAUCUCUCUGCCUCCCUCUCACCCCCAUAAGCUUCAAGGAGGCUUAACUCCUCUUGGACCUCCUUGGCUGAAAACUUGCACAAGACACAGGGUUUGUGCAAAUCAAAGUCCUCUCUGUCCCGAGCAGAACAAGAACCACAUAAGACCACUUCUAUUUAAGAGCUGCCAUCGGUUGCUGGCUUCCAACUUUGAAACAGUCUGGCUUUUACUUUUAAGUUCUAAGGGCUCAGUGACAAUGGGUUAACUAAUUUACUUUCUUAUAGAGUCUGCUGGAAUCCUCCAACUGCUUGGAUCCCUUUUAAGCACUCAGAAAGGCCCUAUUUUCUCUCCUUUACGUCACCUUUGUUUGAAUAGGUGUUGUGUUACCGCAAUUCCUGUCACACCGCAGUUGUUGCUGUGCUGCUACCAGGGCAGUCCCUCCCCUUGGGAGAUACCAAACACAUUACUCCUUUCCCAACUAUUCUGCUUUCUAUAAAUAAACAUCAUGCAAAACUGACCGGUCAGUUGGAAGCUGCUCUAGCUUGUGAACAAGCUUAUCGCAGUCACAUCAAGUUUGCUUGGACUGGAGGAAGGCAGAAGGAAAGACAUGGCAGGAGACUGUAAAACCCUGUAGGUAUUUUUUUAGCCUGUGCGUGGAAGGCCAAGCUCAAAGGUUACUGGGAGCAAUUUAAGAGCCACAGCCCUGUUUCAAUUGCAGCAGUAGGUUCACUCACCCCACAUUUUGGGGUCCUGCUUGAGCAGGGAGGUUGGACUAGAUGAUCUCCAGAGGUCCCUUCCAACCUAAACGAUUCUGUGAUUCUGUGAUUUUCAGGCAGCUCUUUGCUGUUGCAGACCCUGGAAAGGAAGCUUACCACUCAGGCCUUAUUUUCACCAGGAAAACGUGCAUGUGCUUGUGACCUUCCAGUUGUUCCCCAACUUCUCUGUGAACUGCAGAAACGCUGACACAGCGUCCCUAUCUUUACACCCGAGGCCACUUACUUUAUAAACAACAUUCAUGUAACAUCAGCAGGCUUCAGAGAGCUCCAAUGACCACCAUGAAAGGAAAGGAGCAACUGGCUCCAGGAAAACCUUGGGUGAAUUUCUCUCCCGUUUUGCAUUUCCAAAGAAACCUGUAUGGAAACCUUCACUGUCAAGAGAGCCAAUUACAGGUGCUAGAAAGAGUUUGUUGUUGUUGUUGUUGUUUUUAAGAGAGAGAAGAAAGCACCUCUCAGGUGUGUGUGUGUGUAGCAGGGGACAAACAUUUCAAUGACGGAAGAGUACAGAAUGGCUCCUGGAGAGCAAUGUGCUACAGCGGCAUCUGUAGCCAUCCCAGUGAAAAAAACUCCAUGCUCUGUCCCAGAUAAUUGCUCAGAUAAUAAAUCCAUCAUUGAAACAUUUCACUGCUCCCCACAACUAUCUGUUCUGCCCUGCAUCCUGGAGUUGGCCCAGACAACACCUACAGUAAAUAAUGAUUGUCCACAGUAAUUAUGCCUGAAUUCAUGCAGUAAUUUCUCCCACCCGAUAAUUACCAUCAAUAUUUAAUUGCUGGGUCCUCACUGUGUAAUUACAGGCUAUUUAUGCUCUGAAAAAAAAAAAAUUAAAAGCCCUUUUCUACCACACAAAGCAGCCUCUUCCAUGAGGCUUUUUUACAGGACUGGAUCCCCCCAGCUACCUGAUCACAAGACCUUGGCUCCAGAGCUGCUCCUCAUCCUAGCUCUGCGGUACGACUCCCUUUUCAUCUCUCUCCUCACAGCAGUUCUACCUACGGGAUGGCAGUCAGAGAGCACCAGAGUCAGGAACGACCAGCCAGCACCUCAGUCCAGAGGCUAUCCCCUUUCCUGUACCUGCUGCGACAGCUGUUCACCUGCAUACCUGAACAUCACCAAGAGCGUAGCACAACGACAGCAGAAGCAUCUCCCACAGAACUGCAGACUUAAACGUCACGUUCACAUUCUCAAAGAAAACAGAAGGGAGUAACACUGAGGGGUGUGUCAAAAACGGAGCAGUCAACACAGGGCCAAACUUUCAAAUACUUCACGCCUCCAUGUGCUCCCCUCCCCAGGGAAGACUGAGCAUUUUCGGAAAUCCAGCUCUGCCCUAUUGGGGAACUAACUCCAGUACCUUUAAUUCUUCUGUCUGCUUUUGGCCACCCACUGACAGCUUUGGGGUUUAAAGAUAUAAGUUGAUGACAGCCACGUUGCAUCCCUCUUCCUGCCUGCUGUGCGAGGGCUUAGUUCAUCACAGUACUUUACACACAGGAGCAAGAUAGCCAAGUCAGUACUCAAGCCUACAAACAGUCCCGAUUCUGUAUAAGGCAGGUAGCAUCUCAGUCAACAGGAUAUCAUCCAUUCUCAUUGCUUCAUUGACAUCGAAAGAUAACGCAAAGCAUUUAAAGAGAGGUGUGCUUUAAGUGUCGGUGUUAGCCUUCUUCAGGCGAGAGUGUUUGCAAACGCAGUACAGAUAAACUUUUCCUGCGAGUAAACCGAGAUGAAAUGAAAGUCUCUCCUGUUGAUUGUAAAAGUCACGUUAUUUCCAUAUCCACAAAUGCACCAUCCCUAGAAAACGAGCAAGAGCUGAAAACAGAGGCUUACCAGCAAAAAGUCCAAGGCACUUGCAUUCUAGCAGCCAUUUUUUGUUUUAUUAUUUAAAGUUAAGAGCGCUCAUCAGCUCACAAAUUAACAAAUUCCAUUUCUGCAGUUUAGUUCAGAUUUCAGCCAAAAGGAGAAAAAAAAAUAGAACAUAGCCAAACUAACUCCGCACUUUACGUCUUGAUAAAAGUUAAACCUCCUUGCUUUAUAAAUAAAAGUUAUAGUUAACACUGCAAAAAUGUAACGGCAGAUCUACAGUAUUUUUAACGGGCAGAGAGCAUUGGAUUAUUGAGGCUUAUGGAUACGCUGGCUU